AUGACAAUCAAGAAGAAGCGAGUCACCAAGAGCCUGGCUCAUGGGCGACCGCCGACUUUGCAAAAACCAAAGUCGAUAUCGAGGCAAGCGACAAAAGCAUUGAUUAAUGCUCAUCAUGUCUUGGAAAAACGAAAGGCACAGGCUGUUUCCAAGGGUGACACGGUGCAGCAAAUCGCAAUCGACAAGGAAAUCGCGGCUCUGGGAGGUAUCGAAAAGUACCAGCAGGCAAGUCUGCAGGGUCAACGGAAUGAUCGAGGGGGUGACAGCUCACGGGUCCUAAUGGAAUGGCUCAAGCCAGUUCACCCUGCCCUGAAGGAGGCUUCUCAAGGCGCAGGACGUCCUCUUCGCAUGUUGGAAGUGGGCGCCCUGAGCACCACCAACGAGUGCUCCAAGAGUCGGUUCUUUUCCAUGCAAAGGAUCGACUUGAACAGCCAAGGGGAAGGGAUAAUGCAGCAAGAUUUCAUGGAGAGGCCUCUUCCGAAAGAUGAUUCGGAACGAUUUGACAUUAUCAGCUUGUCAUUGGUGUUAAACUUUGUCCCCGAUGCCCGGGUACGAGGUGACAUGCUUCUCAGGACAUUGGAGUUUCUGGUCCAGCCAGGCAAUGUCGAUACGGAACUACAGAAAUUCUUUCCCAGUCUUUUUCUUGUUCUUCCCGCUCCAUGUGUGACGAAUUCGCGUUACAUGGACGAGAGCAGACUCGAGGCCAUCAUGACCUCUAUUGGCUACAUCAAGACCGAGUACAAGCUUACUCAGAAAUUGGUCUAUUAUCUCUGGACAAGGACGAAUAAACCUGCUUCUCGAACCAAAUUUGCCAAAACACAGGUUCGGACUGGAGGUUCAAGGAAUAAUUUUGCCAUUUUACUCAAUGGAUCAUCGGGAUGA